AUGAGAUUCACGAAAAUUCGUACAGUAGCCCCUGGCGAUGAACUAAAAGAAAAAUGCUCUUAUUCUUUAGGAUUGUACAAAGAAGAUAAUAAAAUUAAAUCAUAUGUUUAUGGCACACUGUGUAGAGUACAAAACCAUCUUUUUGUUAUAUCAAAAACCAGUAGAUAUUUCCCUUAUAUAGAUGAUAUUGUAAUAGGUAGAGUUAUCUACAGCUGUGCAGAUUAUUAUAAACUAGAUUUAGAUACAUAUAUAGGCAUUCUACCAGUACUUAGUUUUACUAAUGCCAGUAAACGUAACAAGCCUGAUAUAAAAAAAGAUGAUUGGCUUCUUUGUAGAAUUAUUGAAUCAGGCGCAGAGCCCAUUUUAUCGUGUGUUGGCGAAGGAUUCGGUAAACUUGACGGGUAUGUAUUUAAAAUUAAAGUGUGGAUGUGUCAAAUGCUAUAUGUUGACGAUUUUUUGUAUAAAAUAGGGAAAAAAUAUAAUUUUAAGUGUUGUGUAGGAAUUAAUGGAUAUAUAUGUAUUACAGGAGAAGCAAUAACAGUAAGGGAUGUUUAUACAGAAAUAAUUAAAUGUUUUAAAUAUUGUUUUCUAGUGAUAAAGAAUAUUCACGUACAAUAA